UUUAAUGCCACUCUGGUGCCUCCAAACUUGCUGUGUCUCCGUUAAGGAGAAGCACGAUGAUAGCUAGGAGUGAAGCCCAGGCUAAAACGAGAUUUCUCAGGUGUCAGGAGAAUAGGAGGUGGGCCCAGGUUGGUUCUGUGUUUGACCACUAGGUGGGGCUAUAGUUUCAUUCAUCAGUGCUGCAGCAGGACUGGAAGUGAAGGAGUGAAAUUGACUGAAAUUUUUUUGGGUCCUGACUCGCCGGUUGAGACCCCUGCCUUAUACAACAAGACGCAGCAGAGAUGACCAGUGGGUGUAAUCAGCAGCCUGAGAUGACGAAUGAAGCAUCCUCGGACGAAGACUCAAUCAGCUUGUUGAUUGAUCAUGAUUACCUUCAAAGUAGAGUAGCCGCUAAAUUCCUGGGGAUAAAGGAGAAAGAUUCACAAGCUGGGAGAGAAAGUCAAGAAGAUGAGGAUGAGACAAACAGAAGCAAGCCCCCUGAACCAGAGACCUGCAGCAUGACCAUGAGUGCAGUACGCUGUGAUAAACGUCUGACUCAGUCAGUGAAUGUCCAGCAAAGUCAGAAAAUCCCAAAGAAAACCAACCUCAGUAAGAGAGACGGAUGGGGAGAGACGUGGCUGCACAAAGCAUGCAAGAGAGAAGAUCUGCAGAUGGUCCGAGAGCUCGUUCAAGCCGGGAUCAGCAUCAACACGGAGGAUAAUGCAGGAUGGACGGCGCUUCAUGAGGCUGCCGUGAGGGGCGAUAAGGCCGUGGUGGGGGAGCUGCUGAAGGCCGGAGCUAACGCCAAUGCCAGGAACUGUGAUGGAAUCACACCUUUACAUGAUGCUGUUAUGUCAGGACACUAUGAGGUAGUGAUGCUCCUCCUCCAGUACGGGUCGAACACGCUCCACAAGACCACAGGAGGCCAGAGCGCUCUGGACAUGGCAGACGAGGAGAACAUUAGAGAGCUGCUCUUAACUUGGUCUGGUGGUCAUGGGAUGCCUCAGGAGAUGUCUGCACAAGAAACUCAACCAGGUUGUAAAUCUUUGGAGGCCUGGUGCCACAAACAACUCUGCAGCCAAAGCGUCAGUCCAAAGGAACGAUCCAGAGAGUCGGAUGACAGAGACGGAGCCAGCGAGCCGGCUGACAUUCAGCCUAGAGAGAAACACACCAGCAGUGAAAAUCAGAAUGAUUCAGAAACUGUGACGAUGCUUUUAGAGGAGGUUAGGAAGAAACAAUCAGAAAUAUCAACCUGGACUCUGGCAGGUCCGCAGGAUGCAGACCGUUUUCUUGCUGCUCUGACACAGAUCCAGGAUCAGCUGAUAGAGGUGUUUGAUAAGCAACAUUUAGAGAAAGAUCAUCUCACCCAAAAGAGUCAGAGCGUUCCCAUCUUUCUCUGGCAGCGUGUGAUGAAAAGUCGACUCGCCUCCCUCGCCUCACAUCAGAAGAACUUGGUGGGGCUGUUUCAGAAGCAGAUGCUUUUGGUGGAGAUGUAUGAGAUGGUAAGGGCCAGAGAGCAGGCUCAGCCAUCAGACCAUCAGCAGAGGAACAGAGACAGACAGAAGAGCGAGCAGACCUCCACUCCGGUGUUCAAGUCUUCAGUUAAUCAGAGCCAGCGUCAGGUCACCGUGUUCAGAUCUGCAGCCGAGCGCAGAUCCUCCAGACCUCCUGCUCCGACACCAAGCCAGGCAAAGAAAGCUCCCAGACACUCCACCAGAGCUGAAGAUGAUGGCAGACGUCUCUCUGAGCUCAUCCGGAGGAGGGUCCUGAAACCAGGAAGUUAUCUGUACUUCUCCACCAAGGGCCGGCUUCAUCGGGCUUUAGUCCUCGCUGAUGGCUCUUUAAAGGGCGUUAGAGGUAAACUGCAUCCGUCUCCUGAACGCUGGCUGGCGUCUGUCUUAGGACACGGCAUCCCCGUCAGCUCAGCAUACGCCUGGAAUAAGGUGACGUUCAGAGAUAAACCUUUGUCUUUCUAUGAUCUGACCACAAACGCCCAUGGUGAGGAUGGUGUUCAGCACAGUGGUGACUCUUCUUCUGCUGCGGAUGAUCUGACCCCAGAGGAGGCGAGCCUGAAGCGUCUGUUGGGAAUCCAAACGAUCCGAUUGGUGGAGGACGAGGAGCUGCUGCCGAGCGCUGUGAUGGACGUUUACUGGGAGAAAGUCUUAUCUGGGGACUGGUCAGACUCCGACUGGGACGACUUCUGAAGAUUCUCUCCAUUGUUUGGUUUAUCUUAUGAUUCUUCUAAUGUUUUCAUUACCAUUAUUUAUUCACCAGCAGAAAUCUUUGCUCUGUCCCAUGUUCAACAAGCUUGUUCAGUUUUAACUAUAUAGUUGAUUUUGUUUUGUCUAUAGUUGAUUUUGUUUGCUUCCAUGUGGUUAAAAGGAUUAUUACACUGUACAGGAAGACUAAAUCUCAUUCUAACAGCAGCCUCAGACUGGGCGCGUUUUGUAGAUUAUUAUUAUUAAAUGUGGUUUUAAAUGUAGUUUUAAAUAUGUGUUCUUA